AUGUCUUCUUCUAUUUCUCCACCACCAAUACCAACUCCAACACCAAAAUUAAAUGUGGAUAAUAAUAAUAAAAAUAAUAAUAAUAAACACCAAAAUAAACAUGAAGAGAAUAUAACACAAGAUAGCUCAUCAUUCAAUAAACCCUCAUUUUGGGACGAUUUAACAUAUAAAAAACAAGAGAGUGAUAAUUAUAUUAUGCCACCAACUUGUUUUUCACUUCAAAGAUUUGUAUUAUAUGAAACUAAAACUAGAUUUUAUUUAGUUGGAUCAAAUAGAACAAAAAAUAGAUUUAAAGUUUUAAAAAUUGAUAGAACUUAUGAAGAGGAAGUAAUGAUAUCAGAGGAUCCAACCGAUUAUAAUAAACAACAAAUUCAAGAUUUAUUAACAAUGAUUGGUAAUGCUAAUAGAGAGGGAUUAACAAGAGUUUGUUCAGCAUAUGGUAUUUUAGGAUUCAUUAGAUUCUUACAUGGAUAUUAUAUAAUACUAAUUACAAAAAAGAGAAAAGUUGGUAUGAUUGGUACACAUUUCAUCUAUGGUAUCGAUGAUAUCACCUAUGUCUAUAUACCACCAUCAUUUCCAAAAACUAAUUCACCAGAAUUUGCCGAUGAAACUAGAUACAAAGGUUUAUUCCUCAGCCUAGAUUUAACAAAAGAUUUCUAUUUUAGUUAUACCUAUGAUAUAACUAGAACUUUACAAUAUAAUAUGACAAGAUAUUUUCAUUCACCAAUACCAAAAAAUAUACCACAAACUAAUAAUAAUAGUAAUAAUAAUAAUAAUAAUAAUACAAAUACAAAUACAAAUGAAAUUAAUAAAAAGAAAUUAUAUUAUAAUGAUCAAUUUACAUGGAAUCACUUUUUAUUAGAAUGUUUAGUUGAUCAGGUGAAGACGUGGUAUUGGGUGUUACCGAUUAUUCAUGGUUAUUUCGUUCAGGAUAAGAUUGAUAUUUUCGGUAAAGGAUUAGAUUUAAUAUUGAUAGCACGUCGUAGUAGAUAUUAUGCAGGUGCAAGAUUUUUAAAACGUGGUAUUAAUGAGAAUGGACAGGUUGCAAAUGAUGUAGAGACUGAACAAAUACUUCAAGAACCAUUGACUGGAUGGUCUAGUAAGGCAAAGUUCUCUUCAUUCGUUCAAAUUAGAGGUUCAAUACCAUUGUAUUGGGAACAGGAUAACAAUAUAAUGACACCUAAACCACCAAUUAAAAUUCAACGUAUGGAUCCGUUUUUAGGUUCUACUAUUUUACAUUUUCAAGAUUUAUUUCAAAGAUUUGGGUCACCCAUUAUCAUAUUGAAUCUUGUUAAAUCCAAUGAAAAGAAACCAAGAGAGAGUAUCCUAAGAAAUGAAUUCACUGAUUGUAUCAAUUGUUUAAAUGAAAUGUUACCUGAACAACAUAGAAUUCAUUAUCAAGCUUGGGAUUUCCAUCAAGCAGCUAAAUCAAAGGAUGAGGAUCAUAUGGCUUGGUUGGAUUCUUUUGCAAAUCAAUCAAUUUUAAAAACUGGUAUAUUUUAUUCAAGUUCAAAAUUAUAUUGUAAUUUUUUAAGAGAGAAUUAUAAUUCAAGUAGUGAUGAUAAUGGUGGUUCAACAACAACAACAACAACAACAACAGCAGCAACAACAAUAAGUGGAUUAAAUGAAAAAGAGAAUGAAUUAUUUAGUUAUUUAUUUAAUGAAAUUGGUACUGAACAAAUUGGUGUAGUUAGAACUAAUUGUAUUGAUUCAUUGGAUAGAACAAAUGCAGCACAAUUUUGUAUUGGGAAAUGUGCAUUAGGUUAUCAAUUGUAUUCUAUGGGUUUAUUGGAUAGUCCAUCAUUGGAUUUCAAUACAGGUAUAGUUCAAGUUUUAAUCGAUAUGUAUGAGGCAUGUGGUAACCAAAUCGCUUUACAAUAUGGUGGCUCAGAAUUAGCAAACACAAUUAAAACCUAUACCAAGCAUUCACUAUCUUCUCAAUCUAGAGAUUUAGUUAACGCAAUUAAAAGAUACAUUAGCAAUUCAUUCAUUGAUGCCGAUAAACAACAUUCAAUUAAUUUAUUCUUGGGUUAUUUCGUGCCGGCUAAGCAAAUCGCGAUCGAGAAAAUACCAUUAUGGAAUUUAGAAACCGAUCAUUAUCUACAUAAUAUAACCAAUAGAAAACAACAUCACCUUUUAGCUUUUACAAAUUGGUGGGAUCAUUCUUUGAAUCAAUUUAAAAAGUCAUCUUUAUUAUUCAAUUUGGUUAGUAGAGCUUCAAUGAUUCAAAUGAUGAAGGCCAAAUCCCUAUAUGAAUUUGAAGAUACUUUCUAUAAAACUGAUCGUUUAACUUUAUUUGAAAAACAUUUCUCUUAUCGUUUUUGUGAUCCAAUUCGUUUUAGAAAUCAAUCUUCACCAUUAACAAUUACAAUUGAAAAUCCAAAUCAAAAUUUAUCAACUCCUUAUUUACAACAAAAACAAAAAUUAGAUUCAAGUCAAAAUCAAUUAAAUAAUAAUGAUUUUGAUCAACAACAACAACAACAACAACAACAACAACAACAACAACAACAACAACAACAACAACAAUCAAAUCAAUUAAAUCAACAACAACAGCAAUUAAAUGAUGAAGAUAAUAAUAAUAAUAAUAAUAAUAAUAAUAAUAAUAAUAAUAAUAAUAAUAAUAAUAAUAAUAAUAAUGAUAAUAUUAAUAACAAUAAUAUUAAUAGUAAUAAUAAUAAUGAACAAGAUGAAAGUAAAAGAUAUGAUAUUAAAAGAUGGGUUGUGUCAUUAUCAAAGAGAAACAAUUCAAUAUUUAAAAAGAAUGAUAAUAGUUCAGUUGUAGGAUUAAAUGAUUCAAAUAGUAUAAUUGCAGAAUUUAAUAGAAAUAAAAAUAAGAAAUUAGGUUCAAAUAUUAAAUUACAUAAUGGUCCAGAUUAUCAACCUUUGAAACAUUUUGGUAUACAUUUAGGUACAAAUAAUUUUGAUUUAGAGAUAUUCAAUCAAUAUAUUAACUAUCCACAUUUAGAAAGUCCAUUAGAGUAUAAUAGUCAAGAUCAAUAUUCUCUAAAAUAUUAUAAAGAAUAUUUAAAAAAUACAAAUGAAAAAUCAAAAUCAAAACUUUAUUCUUCCUUAAAUGAAAAUAAAUCAAAUGAGAAUAAUAAAAUCAAUCUUAAAAAUUCAAAAGUUUUAUCAUCCUCAACACCAAUUUUAUCAUCUUCAUCAUCAACUCAUAAUAAUAACAAUAAUACUAAUAGCAAUAACAAUGAACAUACAAGUUUAAUUGAUAGAUUAAUAAAUGAUCAAGAAAAUGUAAACAGUAAUAAUAAUAAUAACAAUAAUAAUAAUAAUAAUAAUAAUAAUAUCAAUAGUAAUAGUAAUAGUAAUAGUAAUAGUAAUAGUAAUAAUAAUCAUAAUCAUAAUAUUGCUAAUAAUAAUCAUUAUAAUUAUACUAAUAAUAAUAAUAAUAAUGGUAAUCAACAAAAGCAACAACAUCAACAACAACAUCAACAGCAAUACCAACAACAACAACAUCAUAAUCAUCAUCAACAACAGCAAAAACAACAUGAUAUUAAUGAUAGUAGUAAUAGUAAUGGAGGUGGUAGUGGUAAUAUCAUUAGUAAUGAAGGUGGUGUUAUUUUGAAAUCUCCAAUUUUAUUACCACCUUCAAAACAACCAAUACAUUAUACAAAUGAGAACUAUAGGUAUCAAUAUGAACCAGAAAAAAAAACUUUAAAAGAUAGUCAAACCCACCAAAGCUAUCAUUAUCAUCAUUCAAAAAAUCAACCAAUUAAUAUUGGUAAUGCAAAUAUGGGAGAUAGUAAUAAUAAUAUCAAUGUUAACCCUAAUAUCAAUACCAAUUAUAACAACAAUAAUAAUAUUAUCAAUACCCAUCACAACAACAAUAAUAAUAAUAAUAAUAAUAAUAAUACUAAUAAUAAUAAUAAUAAUAAUAACUUCAAUAAUAAUCAAUAUCACCAACCAAUACCAAAUUCACCAUUACGAAAUGGUUUCUCAUCGAUUAAUGUUGGUGGUAGUGGAUUUUCAAAUUCUCAAAAGAAGACAACAAAUGAACAACAAUCGAAACAUUUUAAAGAUAUUACGAAACAAGAUCUUAAAAGUUUUUAUUAUCAAUCUUAUUUAUCCACUCAUAGUUGUACAUCUUUAUAUCCCAUCCCACCAAAUAAUCAAGAUCUUUAUUCAACUUAUGUUAAUUUACCAAAAUCUUUAAAUCUUUAG